UUUUCCCCUUCUCUCCUCAGACUGAGUCGGAAGAGCGAGGCGGAAGUUGGUAGCCAGCUCUCCGGCUGUGGCUUGCCUGUUGCGGUUCGGGCUGUGACAGUUACCCCGCCUACCCUCUUCCGGGUCCUGUGUGGGCGGUGCGGGGUGCUUAUUCAGUGAAACCUGGGUCUGGGGCUUUUCUUUUGACACCCAGCUUCUUGAAUACAGGGAGCGUGAUCGUCGGAGAUCCUCACUUUGUUCAGAUAUCAACAGUGGCAGCAGCAAUGUUUCACUUCUUCCGAAAGCCUCCAGAGUCUAAAAAGCCUUCAGUGUCAGAGAUAGAAGCAGAUGGAUUCGUCCUCUUAGGAGAUAAAGCAAAUGAGCCAGAAGAUAAAACUUCAGAAGUAGAAGGCAGCCCACCUUUGGAGACCAGCCAGGAAAACUCACCCAGUGUGACUGUAGCAGGAGGCCCUGCGAGGGAACCUGAGGCAGGCCAGGCGCUGGAGAGCAGCUCACUGAUGGCCGAGCUCCUGAGCGAUGUGCCCUUCACCUUGGCCCCGCACAUCCUGGCUGUGCAGGGCACCAUCAGCGACCUUCCUGACCACUUACUCUCCUAUGAUGUCAGUGAAAACUUAUCGCGAUUUUGGUAUGAUUUCACUCUGGAAAACUCAGUGCUUUGUGAUUCAUAAUUUUUGUGUCUGUUUGUACAUUAACAGCUUUAAAAAGCAAAAAAGGUUGGCCUAUUUCAUUAAACCUGUUUGGCAUUAUGUUCUUUAUCAAAGGCCCUCAAAAAUGUAAACAAAAUAAUACCAUGCUCAUUGUUUUAUUCUUUAGGAUAAAACAGGUGUACAAAAAUGGAAUUUAAGUUCAACUUCCCUUCUUCCCACAUAAUAAAUGUAAAAAUUGAGCCAUCAGGGAUGUAUGAAAGGAACAGGUUGCUACAGCUGGCCCCUUCACCUCUAACACUGUGAAAGAGAACCAAGGAAAUUUUCUUAGCAGACUGCAGCCUAAGCUGAGGGUGUGUGUGAAGGUUCUUCCCUGGCUCACAGGACGUGGGAGUUCCUUUUAUUCUCUUUCUUCUUCCUCACUGAGUAUGAAUGAAUUCAGAAAAAAGUUUCGAGUUAACGUAAUUUCUUCAAUCUCAAUGUAGUCAGAGUGAUGUGGACAUUUAAAACUUCCCCUAACCAGCAGUGUUGGUUGCUAAUACAGAAAUUCUGUAAGCACUCAGCAGCUGUUUCCUGAGUGUACACUUGAAUUUUCUGAGACCUGCAGCCCUCCUCCCCAGCUCUCAGUGGUUGCUGUGUUUCCGCCUGUGUCUUCUGCCCUUUCCCGACUUCUGAAUGCUCUCGGACUAGCUUCCCAGAGACUUUCCUGCUUCUGCUUCAGUUGGUGUUUGCUCUUCUUACCACACCUGUUCCCACUGUCGGGAAGGGGUCAUAUUUCAUGUUCAACCUCUCUGCUUCUUGAAUUGACAUUUCAUGAUGAUACACACUAUUGCUGAUAGCACUCUUACUUAGAAAUGUGUUGCUGCAAUAGAUAGAAAUGUUUUACUGUUAUAAAUUCUAAACUGAAUUCGUUUUCAGUUAGCAUGGAGGCAGAGCACCUGGAUAUGACUUUCAGUUCUUGGAUGUCUAUUAUUUUUUUGAAGUAAAACAGAACUGUCACUGGUUGAUAAACUGUAAAAGGAAGAGGUAAAUUGUGAAUUUUCUCUGCUAUGGAAAAUUGAAGUCACAUUUAUUUUUGAUUAGCAACAAUACGAUUUAUUAUUCUGUGCCAAAUUUUUCAGUCUAUUUUUUUGUAAAAAUGGAGUUCCAUAACUAAACUAAACAUUGUGCAUAAAGGUACAUGAAUUAUUCAAAUUUUAAAGUGCUGUGCGUGUUUGUUUAAUAAGUAUGGUAUGGUCUUGGUAAAAAUGCUAUGUUAUUUAACGUUAAAGGGACAUUUUUAUUAAAAAAUGUCCUUCACUUAUAAUAAUGUUACCAUGGGAGAUUAAUGAUUAAAUUAUAUCUUUACAUAGUUUUCAAAAAACAUCAGUCUGAGAAAUAAUAUGUCUUACUGACAAAAUGUGAACAUUUUGUUGCACUUUAAAUGAAUGAAUGCCUGUCUUUUCCA